AUGGUUCAUUUCAAUUCAGCAUCCGAUACUAAGAAAGCCACAUCAGCAGCUUUAGCACAAGAAGAAGACUCUCCUUACUACAAUGAUAAUAACAAUGACUCCUCCGAUGAUGACAACGACACUUCGGGAGUAGACAUGACAUUUUCACAACUUUAUGAAAUGAUGCGCACUCAACAGACGGUUCCAGCGAAUAUCAUUUUGACCUUAUCGAAGAAGGAUCUUGUUUUGUGUGAAUUGAAGAGAGAGGGAAUGGCCUCUCAAUUCAAACGAGAUGCACAAUAUUGGUACGACACUCUGAGCGUUUUCACUUACAAAUCGAAUCAAGAUUUCCUCAUGAGUGAUUUCACACUUUGUUCUGAUAUUAAUGAAAAAUUUAAAUUGAUUGAUCUCGAACGGAAAAGAAUUGACAUUUUAAGAAGAAUAUUUGUAGUGUUGCGAUAUGGAGAUUUGUUAUUUAGAAAAUCAAAGAAAACAAAUGAUUGGAUGUUAUGGAAUGAAUUGAAAGGUUUGCCUAUUGCAACAGCCAUGUCACAUGGUUCUAGGAUUAUCAUUCAAUUACCAAAAUCAGCAAACACCACACAAAAGAAGGGAAUUUUUAAAAAAUUAUUUAAAAAGGAUGAGUCGUCACAUGAUCAUGGAUUUUGGACAUGGUUAUUAUGUGGAGAUGAAAAUGCAAGUUUAGACAUGUACUGUACACCAGAAUUGACCAAUGGAUCUGAAGCUGCAAAGAAAGGAUUUCUCGUUUUCAAACGAACUGCAGCGACACAUAGUUUAGGUUAUUACACGGAUGAAAUUAAGGAAGACAACAACUCGGUACAAUUUUCACCAUCGAGUCCCACGACUAGUUCGACAACAAACUCUUCAACGACCUCCAGUACAACCUCUACAAAAAAGAAAAAAGUGAAACAACUUCGACAAAUUAGUGUCCAAUACACGGAUCAAAACAAUCAACGAGGAACCAUGAAAAAGCUCAAAGACAUUGUUGAAAUUAAGGAAAAAAUUGGAUUGAAUACUCGAAAUUCCAAACUCAUUGGAAGCAAGGAAGAAGUCAUGUUAAAACAUAGACAUUGGGGUCUCAAUAUUUGCAUGGGUGGAUUUGGAAAACAAUUGCCCAAUUUCCUUUCACAUAAGGAAGCAAAGAAAGCUCGAAAAAAAGGACCCAAAAAGGGAGCCAAAGUUACCUACACGACGGCUGAACCCACUGGUGAACACAGUCAUCUUUAUUUGUAUUACAUGUCUCCAGGACCCAAUCGUUAUGGUGGUAUCAUGAUUGGCGUCGAAGGUUCAGAACCUGGAAAAAAAGAUCAAUCGGGUGAGACUCAUGGAAUUACUGCUGGGUCUCCUUUCAUUGGCGUGACCGAUGGUAUGAAAUGGAACAAGAUUAAGGACAUGGGCAUGGAGGAAUAUCCAGACAAGUACGAUUCGUUAUUUAUUGACUUGUCAUCGGGAUGGGAAUUUUUGAAAGAGAAAGCAAAGGAGUGGCGUGACGAAAUGGUCAUGGAUACUAUUUAUGUGAAACCAGUCAAAGAUGCUGAAGAAGAAGCCCACGUGAAAGAACAACAAUAUCAAGAAGAGGAAGCAGAUAAUUAUUGA